AUGUUCGAUUUUCAACAAAAAAACAUAUCGAAUAAAUCCUCUUUCAAAAUAAUUAAUACCGGUUUACAAGACUCUAUUCAAACGUCUCAACUCGUCUCUCAACCACCACAAACUCCUACUUUACUUCAAACUCACGGUGAUUCUUCACAGCUUAAUAGUACCUUGGACUCUAAACCAUGUCAUGAUUAUUACUUUGAUCAAACUGAUUCUUAUAAAAUACUAUCUCAACAAUCAUGGUUAACAAAUCAAUAUAAUAUUGAUUCAUCUUCUCAUUCCGGUGAUUUUGAAUUAUUUGGCGAGCAAGAUAAAAAGAUGGAUUUUCAAAUAGAUGAAUAUAUGCGUCCUGAUAAUCAGAGUUCUCCACUGCCGUCCCUUGCUUCAUCUUCGCCUCUUACUCCUUUGGACUCAACUAACCUUUGUGAUGUAAAAAAUACGAUCUCAUCCUCUGAAAUGUAUUCGUUUGGUAUUAACAAUACAACCGAUUCAAUAGUAAAUACUGAUAAUAUGGAUCAAUUUUCAUUUAUGGAUGAGAUUUCAGAUGAUUCAUAUACGAAUUCUUUAACGGAUAAUUUUAUGGUUUCUUUGUCUUCGUCGGUUCUUGAUCCCUCGUCUACUCAGAAACCAAUCUCAUCAAAUAAUCAAAAUAAUCAAGUAUAUUUGGAUCAACAAUUUCAUCCUCAACAAUAUCAGUCUCAACGGCAACAAUUACCUCCAAUUAAUUCGAUUAUACCUCCGAUUAAUUUACCUCCGAUCAAUUUACCUUCAAUUAAUCCGAUAAACAAUUUAGUAAAUAAUAAUUCGACAAACCUUGGUUCUUCGACUAGUAGCUUAAUUUCUUUUAGAUGUUUUUUACCAAAUAUUGGUAACUCUUAUAAUACAAAUAACAAUAUCUUGGGUUCGGCUUCUCAAAAUUUUAAUUUCAAUUUUAUGAAUGGUGGUCAACAUUAUCCUCGACAAAUUAUAUCUAGUAUUCAACUACCAGGAACAAUUAACGUUAUAAAUGUUAAUACUCUUCCAAACUCUAGAAUUAUUUCUAUUCAAACUCAUCUUGGUGUUCAAGCGAAUCGACCAAUUGAAAAAAUUUCUUUAUUUAAACGGCAACGACAACGACGACCUUCUUCUUCUUCAUAUCCUCAACCUAUGCAAACUUCUUCUCUACAUUCUUUAUCUCAUCAACGUCCUCAUUCUGGUUUAAUAAAUCGUCUUUCAAUUGAAGUUUUACAAGAAAUUUUAUUAAAUGUUGUUAAACCAAGCGAUUUAUUCUUAUGUUUAUUGGUUAAUAGACAAUGGUGUAAAAUCGUUACUCCUAUUUUAUGGCAAGCUCCAAAUCCUGGUUUUAAAAAAUUUAAACUUCUCGUAAGAACUUAUUUACUUUGUCUAUCUCAAGAUAUGAAAAAAUUUUUAAAAGCAAAUAAUAUUCCCGUUCCACAUGCUCCUCGGAGAUGUCUUCCUGCUUUUGAUUAUCCGUAUUUUCUUCGUAAAAUUACUGAUAAAUUCAUUAGUAGACUUACUGAGGCUUGGUUAUUCAAAAAAUGGUCCGUUGAAAAAGGAAAAGCUACUUUACAUUUAAAUAGAAUUCUUCAUGACCUAUUUUUUUCAAGAGCUCAAAGAAUUAAUUCUUUGGCUUUUGAUGAUGAUGCUACUUGGCCUUUUAUUGAUCAUCAACCUUUAUCUUGUUUACAAAAUUUAUCCUUUCUUAAAAUUUCUAUCUCUAAUAAUUCCGAUCAUAGCCCUAUCCCUUUUUUAAAUUCUCUUUUAAUUUCUUCUUGUUCAAGAAUUAAAUUCAUUGAAAUUGAUAUUGAUUCUAAAUUUCAUGAUUUUAAUGAUUCUAUAGUACAAUUGAUUAAAUCUCAACGGGAAUUAGAAAAAAUUGCUUUAAAUAGAUGUCAUCAAAUCCUUAAACCUUUAAUUCAUAUUUUAAAAUCUAAUCAAUCUAAUUCUUUAAAAUCUUUAAGGUUUAAUAAGGUUGAUUUUGACUCUUUUAAAGAAGUUUUUUCCGAUGAUUUUGUUAAAUCUCUUAAAUCAAUUGAACUAAUUAAUUGUUGUCGAUUAGACAAUAAGUACUUUAAAAAUUUUAUUUGUAAAACUCAAAAUUUAUCCCAAUUUGAAUUUUGUGAUUAUAAUUCUAUAGACCCUUACAUUUUAGGUAUUAUUAUAAAUUUAUUAACUUUAAAUAAUAAUCUAAAAUGUCUCGUUUUAAGAAUAUCUGGUGAAUAUUCUGAAUUAGUUGGAACGAUAAUUAAACAUUGUUCAAAAUUAGAAUACUUGGAAUUACCUCAAAUAAGAAAAUUUGAUGUUUCAUCAAUUUUAUCUUCUUGUAUUCAUUUAAAAUAUUUUUCUUUUAUAAUAGAUUUUUCUUUAGAUAGUUCUUUCUUUUUACAAAUUGCAGGACAAUUACCUUCAAAUCUUAGAAAUUUAAUUAUAACUGAAAGAGAAAAGAGACCGGCUUUUGAUCUUUUUACUUAUAAAUUAUUUUUUAAUUCUAUGAAUUCAAAAAAUUUAAAGACUUUAUAUACUUCUGGUGCACUUUUAGAUAAUCUUUAUUCCCGUGAUUAUCAAAAAGUCUUUAUAGAACAUAACAUUAAAUGGAGUUACGAAGAUAUUCCAAGAUUAUAUUAA